CGGAGGCGGCGGCGAGGCGGCGGCGAGGAGCGGAGGCGCCCCAUGGGGAACACGCUGACCUGUUGCGUCUCCCCGAAUGCCAGCCCCAAGCUGGGGCGGCGCGCGGGGCCGGCAGAGCCGGACUACGAGUCGGAGGUCUAUGAGGCGGCGGCCGGGGACGCGGUGGCGGUAGCGGCGGCACCGGCUGCCGUGGAGCCCGCCGACUUGGAUCUCGGAGCGGGCGAGGGCCACCACCUGCAGCACAUCAGUGACCGGGAGAUGCCCGAAGAUUUAGCUUUUGAAUCCAAUCCUUCUGACCACCCAAGGGCAAGCACAAUUUUCCUGAGCAAAUCUCAGACGGAUGUGCGAGAAAAGAGGAAGAGCAACCAUUUAAACCAUGUAUCUCCAGGGCAGCUUACUAAAAAGUAUAGCUCAUGCUCAACAAUAUUUCUAGAUGACAGCACAGUCAGCCAGCCUAAUCUUAGAACCACAAUAAAAUGUGUGACCUUAGCAAUAUAUUACCACAUAAAGAACAGAGAUGCAAAUAGAUCCUUGGAUAUUUUUGAUGAGAGAUCACAUCCGCUCACACGAGAGAAGGUUCCGGAGGAAUACUUUAAGCAUGAUCCUGAACACAAAUUUAUUUACAGAUUUGUCCGUACUCUUUUCAGUGCUGCACAGCUAACAGCUGAAUGUGCAAUAGUAACUUUGGUUUACUUAGAAAGGCUUUUAACUUAUGCUGAGAUCGACAUUUGUCCCACUAACUGGAAAAGAAUUGUUUUGGGAGCCAUUCUUCUUGCCUCCAAGGUUUGGGACGAUCAGGCUGUCUGGAAUGUGGACUACUGCCAGAUCCUCAAGGACAUUACAGUUGAGGACAUGAAUGAGAUGGAAAGGCAUUUUUUGGAGCUACUUCAGUUUAAUAUUAAUGUUCCUGCUAGUGUUUAUGCCAAAUAUUACUUUGACCUUCGCUCCUUAGCAGAUGACAACAACCUGAAUUUUCUGUUUGCUCCACUUAGCAAAGAAAGAGCACAGAACCUAGAGGCCAUUUCCAGAUUGUGCGAAGACAAAUACAAAGACUUGUGCAGAGCUGCUAUGAGAAGGUCAUUCAGUGCUGAUAAUUUCAUUGGUAUUCAACGCUCUAAUGCCAUCCUCUCUUAAGGGGAGACAUGAGGGGUUGUAAGAUCAUGAACCCCUCAUCUACAAAGACUGGAGAAAUAUCACCUCUCCUGCUCAAAACCAGCAAACUUAGUGUUUUCAGCGAAAGCAAAGACAGCAAAUUCAAGAGACUCAUGGACAGCGAGGAUUACAUGCCAUAGGAAAGAACCGGGACCUUGUCAGCGGGACACUCUUCUGUCCUUUUUAAUGUAAACCGAGUUACAAAAACCACUUCAGAGUGAAAGCUCCCAACUCACAGAUAUUUGCUUACUGUGUAGGCCAAUAGCUGUGAACUAUGAGGUUUUUUUAAUUAAUAGUUUAAAAUUUUUAGCCUUUAAAGACACUAAUGUUAUAACUUUUUAUGUUUUUCCUAUUUUUCCUGUCACUCUCCCACUCCCUAAAUAUUGCAGCAUAUGCCUUUAGAAUCAAUGCAGUAUUAAUAUUAAAACUUGGGACUCUUAACUCAAAAAGCCACUUAGAAGCAGAGACUGUAGCAUUGUUAGGUGUUGAAGGGUUCUUCCUACUGUAUCAUUGAAGCUGCUAGCUGUUAUUGGCAAUCAGUUUAAACCAAAAAGCUGCUGGAUAACACCGUCAUUCAAAUUCUUUGCAAGCAGUACUUAUUAACCUUUCAGCAUGUUUGGGAUCAUAAACUUGGAAAGUAUUAGUUACUGAUUAUCUACUUCUGUUGGGUCCACGCCGCAUUUCUUGUGAAUUAUGAUGGUGCUUCUCAUUUUCUGAUAAUUUUCCUCUUGUUAAAUAAAUGUAUUAAAAGAUAAUUUUAAUAAUUCCAGCCAGCACGGUGGACAAGUGAUAACAAGCGGGUAAUGAAAUACAAGGCGUCCUGAAAGUCUUAGUGCGAUCUUGACCUGUAAUAAAGCAUGCAUGGGAGCCCCAGGGCACUGCAUCAGAAGUGUAAAUGCUGUAACGCUUUUAAAAACUCGUUUGAAAGUUUAAGUUUCUCUUACACUUACUUUUGUGAAUUUUAAAUACACUUUUAAUUUUUUGUUUCAGCCCCUCUUGAACAUGGCAAAGAGUAACUGAAACAGAAUUAAAAGCUUAAUUUUCAAAAUUCACAAAACUAAGUUUAAAAGAAACUUAAACUUUCAAACGAUGUUUUGUAAGUUUGUAGCAUUUAUACUUCUACAGUUACCAAAGCUUAAAAUUGCACUAAGACUUUUGGGACACCCUGCAUAGACGUGCCCUUCUCUUCAAUUUUUUAAAUAGUUUUUUGCAGGGCUGUGUGCUGUUGAUCUGCUGUGGCCACCUGAGUGUCUUUUCUCUAGAUUUGGUAAAGGAAGAUUACGGAGAGCAGUGUAACUCACAUCUGAUAAAAGAAACUGGACCCUAAUAGUGAUGGAUGCUUGAAACAGCUUUGUUAUCCUACGCGGUAACCUACAUGUAGUUGUCCCAUCGCAAGUCUUGUUAUUUAAAGAGGGAACUUACACAGACCUUAGGAACCCUAACUGCAGGCUUUAAAGGGCAGGGAGUAAGUAAUUUUAGGAGAUCGAUAACAAUGUCACCUAAAUUUGAGAUAUUAAAAAAAAAAAAAAAACUGUUCUCAACUCUGAAAUUUCUCCUGCCUUCUCAAA